AUGCAGACCAUAAAAGAUUUAUGGCUUAAUAGACCUACAUUCGCUCAUGUCAACUCGAACAGCACACCUGAGACGAAGAGUACACCUCAGAUGAAUGAAAGCGCUGAAUUCGCGACCGAAUCCUCCGACCCCCCCUCUUCCUUUGCAUUUGAUCAAAUAUUACCACAAUCUGAACAAGAUGCUGAGGCCCACCUAAAUGCGGCACUGUAUCUGUCAACUCAGGACACCCUCCUUCAGUCCCCUACAUUGCAUCAAAGUUUCCAAAGUAUCGACUCAGUUACCGGGGUCUCAUCUCUGAAUAAGAGCCUCAACGGAUCUCAGCGCAUCAUCAAGGAUGGCAGAGAGGUAGUAAUCAGCUCGGAUGGAGAAGACACAGACUCGAUAUGCUCGUUGGAGGACCCAAAGAAUCUUUUCGCUCCAACGUCUAAGGACCUGUUCACACCGGCCAAAUUCACUCAGAGGAUAUCAUCGCCAAAGAAAUACAAACACAACAUUGACUCUCUAGUUCAUGAUGCAGUGGAUGAUAAUGAGGUCGAAGCCAGCGUAGCUCGGGCGAAAGCCAAUUAUGUGCAGAAGCAACCGAACGGCAUGGAGCACGGAAACGGCUCGUCCGGCACCGCUCUGAAUGAAACCAUGUUGAUCUCUGCUCUUGGCGAGAAUGAAGACGGUGUUGGAGGUCAACGUCUGAUAAAUGCUAUUAGAAGAACUGAUGCUCUUGACCCCGGCCGCGCCUGGCCAUUUUUUGAUUGCACACAGACAUUGCCGUCAGCCCCCCAAUUUCCAAGUGAUCUGAUCGCACCUGGGACGAGUAUGGAUAUAUUAAGGGAAUCUGAUACUCGCGAGCGCCAGUUCAUGUCAGGCGAAUUUAUUCAGAUGGCUUUGUCCAAAGGGCUUUUGCCGGACGAAUUCGUUCUGUGGAUGUUUCGUUCCAUACCCUAUGAACGCCGAGAGGAAUUGAGCAAUGCCUAUUACCGAAUUAUUAAGAAUAUGGAUCAGGACCGCCUAAAGCUGCUCAUCCGUCCGGCCGAUAUCAAUGAACUUUUCUCACGACUAGGUGCUCGGAGCCAGGCUUUAGAUCCUUCCAAGGAGAUUAUCCCAAUUCCUUCCCAAUAUAUUACUCCAGAUUCUGCGUUGAAAGACCAUGCAACCUUCGUUUCAGUCCUGAGAUUACUUAGAGAAACUGCUGGCUUAUUCGCAGAAGACACCCAAGAGCAAGUGGUGCUCCUACUGCUACGUCUUACUCUUGAUGUUUCGUUAACAGCGGAUUCUACGGUAUCGUCGGAGCUUCAGUGGACCAUAAAUGCUGUCUUGGAUCCUGAGAAUUUCCAUGAAACCAGUGCCCAAGAUUCGUUACGUCGAGUUUGCGCCACUUUCCACGCCACGAUACACGAUGUUUGCAUCCAAAGUCAAGUUGUGCAUCAUAUCCUACCCACAUCUCCAUGGUUUGCACUGAUAAGAUGUCGCCUGGCCGUUGCAUUUUUACUACGGAGUCCCGGUCCUCUCACCGAACCCCCUGGAGAGUUGCUUGAUAUCAAACGUAUUACAUUGUUACUGCUACGGGAUGAGCGUUUCCAAGUUAGGCGAUUCAAAGGCAUAGCCGACUACGACUGGAGGGAAUUAAUUUCACUCACUGCUCUUCUCAACGUCGCGAUUGAUUCGUCUGCGCUAGCGUUGAAUUUCAGCAGUACUCAACCCGAGAAAGACUAUGACGCUGCCAUCGACAGGCUGGCAGCUCAGAUCAAAAUGAUAUUUUGUUCUAUUCAGGAUUCCGGGGCCUCACAUGUGACACGGACAGUGGCCAAAAGUGAACUCGAGGCCUUGCAUUACCGAAUUGUCUAUUCGGUUCGGUCCAAGCCACCGCCGAAAACCACUAUUUUCGAGUCACAUGUAAAGGAGAGAGAUGGUAACAUUCGGAGCAUUUUCAGCACUUUUGCUGCGCUUGCUGCUGAAAAGCAGAAUCCCGAGGCCAAGCAAGAAACGAAUUCGUUUGCGGCGCCAGGCGACGCGGAUAAUGGUGACAAAGAUAUUCCCAUCCGCGCGCAUGAUCACGUAUCCUGA